UUAGACAUGGCGGAACAAGUUGCAGAUAGAUCAAGAUCUAGUAGUUAUUUCGUUGAAAAGGAACAGUAACAAAUAGCCUUAUAAAAUCAAGACCUAGAUCUAGAUCUACUUAAUUUGAAAAUGUUUGAGAUAAAAGUUUUUAGGAUUUUGCAGAUUACAUUUGUACUGGUUCUUUUUGAACUCACAGGAGCACAAAUUAAAAAAGAUAUCGGUAAAAUCUAUAUUGGUACAGAAAACACCACUACAGGUCUCCCAAACACAAAAGAUUAUGUGUUUUAUUUUAAUGACCCAAAUCCUCCACCUAUUUCUGUUUACGCUGUAGUACUGAGUGGAGCAGAUCCUAAAAUUCGUGUCCCAAAGAUACAGGAUAUCAAUAUAACCUGCAGUGUGUCAGAGAAAGGGACUGGAUUCUCAGACGUUUCUUUACAAAGCAUUAAAUUGCUAGCUUCUGUUAACACAACUGAUAUUUCGUUGAGCCUGAUAAAACCAGGACGUUCUGUUCAGCUAACCUGCUCUGGUGUGUCAGAACAAGGAACAUGUAAUGCAACAGAUGUUCAGUCUCAGUUUUGUCCUGAAACAUCAAAGUCUAAUUCAGUUUCAUUAACAGUUCAUCCAGGGCGUACUGUGUCAAUCAGUGAAACACUAAUUAGUGUUAAAAAUUUUCCACAGACUGAUUACUUUUUUACUGUAAAAUUGAGCGACCCACCUGAGCAGGAUGUAGAUGUGACAUGUACAACAACUCCAGGAACUCCUGCUCUUCAAUUAAAGAUAAAUCCAAAAAAGAUUUCCAGUGGCAAAGUAACAGAUCAGGUGUCAUAUAAUUUUGUUAGUGGGUCUGAGAACUCAUCAGUUACUGUGCAGUGUUCCGGAAAUUCAGGAUUUUCUGGAAGUGGUAAUUCUGCCAGGUUUGUCCUGCAAACUGCCCAGGCCAAAUUCCAGGCCAUCAGGUCGGAGAUCUACAACACCACAUUCUCACCUGUGUUCUACCUGAGCGACCUCCCAGAGAAAGGAUCUGUGACAGUUUCCUGCUCUGCCGCUGUGGUUCCGGACUUGACUGCAGCUGAACAAAACGUUGCCUCACCUGAUUGUUCAUUCACUAGUUCAACCAGUAAGAAAUUUUAUGAUGAUGAUUUAGGCUCAUGCUAUGGAUCCUCUACCACCACUACCACUACUACCACAACUACCCCAACAACUACAACAACCACCACAACAACUGCGACCACGACGGCAACAUCUUCACCAAAUGCCUCCACAACUGUACCGUCAUCUCCGACUACCUCCGCUCGCACCACCCCAGCUCCCACCCCGCCACCUGACCCGACCUCGCCCUGGAGUGUCAUGAAACCCAGUUUUGAUAUACCAAAUAAACAAGGUCAAGUAAGCUUGCCAUUUGUCAGAGUGACAACAGAACGUUUGUACGCUCCCAUUGACGUACGUAAAGAAAUCGUGGUCACUACAUGCUGUGUGGGGGUGAAUAGCUCCAAUCCUUUUGUUGGGCAGAGGGCUGCAAGCUACGCUGUAGCAAGUCUGGCACCGUAUGUGUGUCCUAAUUGUCCUGCUGGAAACUCCAGUGAAGAGCGUGUGGUCCCCAACCCUGGCUAUGUUGAAGUGUCUCCCUGCAGCUGUGACCUCACCAAAUAUGCUUGCGAUAUCAACUGCUGUUGCGAUACUGACUGUGUAAACGCAAACGCCAGAUUUAGUGGGUGCAUACCUGGCCUACCUGGGGGUCAGUCCGCAGAUGACCCGGAGUACAAGUGCUCGUCCAGGGCGUUCAACCCACCUGACUGGCAGCUGCUCACCUGCGUCUACUGGGAGAAGAACGCCUACCUGGGGAUGUUCUAUCAGAACAGGCGCAAGCUGGCGGCUAGUGAAACUGUUGAUCUGACCGGACGCUUCUCGUUUAGUGAGACUGAGAAAAGGAGUGGAGACAGUAUCCAGUCUGGAUAUCGCUAUGGAACAAUCAUCCAGACCAUCCGUGAUGAUGUGACAGAAUCAGAGCCAACCAGAAGUGGCUCCCUGGCUCUGUCCCAGUCAGGCCCUGGCGGCUCCUGCAACCCUCUCAGCCCAGUUCAGUUCCUGGUUUACUCCGCCUCCGUCUGUAAGACUGUGGUCACCCCCGACUCUUGUAGUGAGCUGAGUGUUGUCAGCAGCAGAAUUUAUGCUAUAUCUUCAAUAGUCAGUGGAGGCUCCCACAGGAUUGCUAGUACAGUCAAGGCUAGUACAGUGGCACCAACUGAUGUCAGGUACUACUGCAUAGCAUAUACACCCUCAAGCUCAGCAGGACUUGAAAAUUCUGAUCCGCUAAAGGUUUCAAACUUCCCCAAUGAUUUAGCAGACGUCAACUGUACAGAUGGCUGCUCAUCUGAGAAAUGUUGGAACUCCAACACCAACAAAAUCCCAGCAGACGCCACAUCUUCUGCUGUACAGUGUGACUGGGACAAUGGUUACACAGUGAGGAUCCCUACAGUAUCUGGCACCAUGUGUAAUAAUGCUGUAGUCCAAGUCAGGUACAAUUUUGAAUGGUCUGGGGAAGAGAUCACAAAGCUGACAGCAGACGUGUACCUGGCCAACAUUGAUAUGACCAGCAGCUCUAGGGUGGAGAUUGUUCAAAAAUUUGAUGUCGCAUGGCAGGCCAAACCCAACACCACUGUAUCCAAGUCUGACAACUUUGGGGACAGCACUCAGCCAUAUGUUAGGUCGGGUACUUCAGGUUAUGUCCCAGGAAAACCUUUGAUUUCUGGCUGCUCAGCUAGUCAGGGAAAUGUUGACACAAUCCCACAGAAACAGAUGGCUAUUUUUAAACCAGGUACUGUUGAUUUUUGUGUAGGCGUUGACGGCCUUUGUGAAAAUGCCAAAAGGCAGGAGGUGACAUUUGGAGAUGACAUGUCAUCUGGAUGUGUACUCAAAUUAAAUUUUACCAUACUCAACAAUGACUGUGAGCGUCAGAGGCAACUUCUGACCAACCAUCUCAAUGUUCUCAUGGCUGCUAAUGUUAUUGGUCGCUAUGGUUACAACAAUGCCAGCAACCCAGACAUGUGGAUUUCUGUUUUAAGGCAAUCUUUGACUGGGACCAGUGACCUGACCACUACCCCUGCUACCACCACUGCAGCAACCACAGCAUCCACAGCAUCCACCACCGCGGCAAGCACUGCAUCCACCACUGGAUCCACCUCUGCAUCGACGGCUGCAGCAAGCACAGCAUCCACCACAGCUGCAACCACAGCUGCAACUACAGCCUCCACCAGCACAACCAAACCACUCCCCUCCCUGGCUGAUUCUCUUCCAGGCAUCUGCCACCUGCCUACAGGCAUCCACCUGAGCGUGAUGUAUGCCAACACAGGGGCUGUAAAUGGCUUCCCUAGAUACGAAGUAACAGGGGCCUACAUCAACUACACCCAGUCCAACUGGACCCUGGACUGUAUGGGCGCCAACAGACAUCGCUGUGAUGCUAAUUCUGGCUCCACCCAACAAUUUUUUGUCACCAGCAGCAUCAGGUUCAUUCAAGUCCCAGCAACUCUUGCCUCCACACAGAGCAGAUUCUAUACCCGCUGUGACCCCGACAAUAUAGACUCUGACAGCUGCGAGAGGUUUUUCACAACUUUUGCCAGCGGAGAGUGCUACUCAGAUUCCUGUUGGCGGGAACUGGCCUACCCUGUGUUGUCUGUGUACAUGGGCGAGACACGCAUGUACACCCUGCCAUUCUUCCUGCUCUUUGUCCUGGGGGUCAUAGGUUAUGUGUCUGUUGCUAGGCCUGGCUGGAACUAAUUGUGUGUGUGUUUGUAUAUGUGCAUGUAUUUCUGUUGCUAAGCUAGGAUAGAACUAAUUGUAUGUGUGUUUGUAUGUAUGUGUGUGUAUGUGUUUCUCUCGCUAGGCCUGGCUGGAACUAAUUGUGUGUGUGUAUGUGUGUUUAUGUGUGUGUAUGUGUUUCUCUCGCUAAGCCUGGCUGGAACUAAUUGUGUGUGGUUAUGUGUGUGUAUCUAUUGCUAGGCUAGGGUAAAACUAAUUGUGUGUUUGUAUGUGUGUGUGUGUUUCUGUUGUUAGACUAGGGUAAAACUAAUUGUGUGUGUGUGUUUGUAUGUCUGUGUGUGUGUUUCUGUAACUGGGCCUGGGUGGAACCAAUUGUUUGUGUUUUUUGUAUGUAUGUGGGUAUUGCUGUUGCUAGGCUAGGAUAGAACGAACAAAGUGUGUGUGUGUGUUUGUGUGUGUGUGUGUGUGUGUGUGUUUGUGUGUGUGUGUGUGUGUUUGUGUGUGUGUGUGUGUUUCUGUUACUAGGCUAGGAUGGAACUAAUUGUGUGUGUGUGUUUUAAAGCUAUGGUCAGGAUAGAAUGAUUUGUGUGUAUGUAUUUGAGAUAUAAGACAUGAUGGAACUAAUCGUGUAUGUGCAUGUAUGUUUAGUGUGUGUAAGGUAUACACACAUGAUGUAAGCUCCACUUUCUAUUUAUUAUAUCUGUUUAAAAAUUAUAUGUAAAAUUGUGUUAGGAAGUUUGGGCCUAGAACAAAAAAAAUGGUGUAAUUAAUCAGGCUCAAUAUUAUUUUAGUUGUAAUUAAAAUGUAUCUGUUAAUUAUUACUUGGCUGGAUGUUCAUGUUUUAUGUAUUUUGGGCAAACUGUAUAAUAUUUCAGUAGUAUUCAUGCAAUCAAAUUGUUCUUUUAUUUUUAUCCAAUUCUUGUAUUUUCCUAUCAGUAAACCAUCUAAAAUGGAAUAGUUCUUGUCUUAUAAACAUGUGAUGAAUAUAACCCAACCUGUAGACACUAAAUUUGACUUAAGUUGAUGAACAUUGAAAGACAAGAGAUAUUUAAUGACUGUGCUGAUUGUCUGAAAUUUGGAAGUUUUUUAUCAU